AGUACGCUAGUUCAUUGUCGGCCGACGGAGGAGACUCGCCGUCAUGUCUAUUUGUCGACGAACGUAACCAUUAGAGACGGUGGGUUAGGAUCUCUGCAUAUUUCUUUUUCUUUUCAUUCUUCGGUACCAACGACGACAGGACAACGCGAACGACGCGACCGGGGAAAAAGUCGACGAACCGCGACGGAUCGUUACCGUGUAGCACCCGCGGAAUAACUUUCAGAAAAAAAUGUGCGAACGUCGUCGUGCGGCAAUUAUCUCGAGCAGCGCCAGGCUGAUUGCUAAAAAUACGUUCGCCGAACGAUCGAAGUGCUGCGGAACAAGAGUCUCCGGAGCCGAAGCCCAGUGAUGUCCAAGUGAAACGAAACCACGGCCGGGUUCCCCGUGAUAACGCGCGGAUACCAUGAGAAUUCGUGUAGAAUCGGCGGCCGCGCGUCAUGGGGGAUCCGUGAUCUCUCGUUUGUUCGAGCUGCGAUUCGCAAAGACAUUUCGCUGGAAGAAUCGUCCGUGAACCUUUCCAAAAAAAAAAAAAAUUAAAAAUCGUCGUUCCUCUCCGUGACAGAACCAUAAACACGCGACGUGAUCUCUCGAGUAUGCGUAAACCGUAUGCUCCGUCGAACGUGUAGAACUGCAGCAGUACAUUUUUCGACGAAACAGCAGCAUUUGAUCAUCCGUCACGAAAGCUCGGGGGCGUAUCGAAUUUCGCUCUGCAUUCCCGUCAGUUAAAAAGACAGGAAAUGACAAGGAUACUACCUUGACAGAAACGUAACAGCUUUUCCCAUGGUGUACCGCAGUAACCACGCUUGCGAUUCAAUCGGGCCCAAGAGCUGCGCAACCCGACUAAGAACGAGAGACAACUGCUCGUAAGCGAAGCAUGAACACCGAUUGUCAGGUGCUGGUAUAAUGAAGCCAUCCAUGAAAAUGGGAGUGAUAGUGCUAAUAGGCGUAUUCGUGGUGUUCUACCAGUACCAUCUUUCGACGGGUGUGCGAUUCGAUCAGAUGACCGACUUCAACACCGGGGGCUCGGCCGAGGAGAGCCCGGUCUUCUCUCAAGAAGACGUGGAAAGCUACGUCAGGACGUCCAAGUGGAAAGAAGAUAUGAUCCGGAGCGCGGUGCACAGGGUCCAGGAGGCGAACGGAUUGAGUCCGGACAUCGCGACGUCGUUGAUCCAAGAGCUGCUCAAUCAUUUCAAUAAAUACUCGGCCUUGGUACACGACGUGGCAGGGAACAACUCGAAAACGGCGCAGACGCAGUUGUCGCCUCAGAUAUCGUCGCAGCUGUCGCCGGCAACGCCGAGGGUACAGGUGUCGUCGGAUUCCCAUCCGCAGCAAGAUUUCUCGCAGGAAACGCUGGAACCAUUGUACAUAAUAACGCCAACAUAUCGAAGACCGGAACAGAUCCCGGAGCUGACCAGAAUGUCUCACACGCUGAUGCUGCUCGAGAACAUCCACUGGCUCGUGAUCGAGGACGCCAACGUCGCCACGAGCCAAGUCACACGGCUGUUGGAACGUACAGGGUUGAAAUUCGAUCAUUUAACCGCUCCGAUGCCCGAGAAAUACAAGCAGAAGAAGGGCGCGAAACCGCGAGGUGUGUCGAACCGAAACCGUGGCUUACAAUGGAUCAGAGCGAACGCGACCAAUGGUGUAUUUUACUUCGCCGACGACGACAAUACCUACGACAUAGCCCUCUUCGACGAGAUCCGUCGCACAAAGAGGAUAUCGAUGUUCCCCGUGGGUCUGUGCACAAAGUUCGGUUUGAGCUCGCCGAUCAUUAAGAACGGGAAAUUCGUUGGUUUCUACGACGGCUGGAUAGCCGGCCGGAAAUUCCCCGUGGACAUGGCAGGGUUCGCGGUGAACGUGAAAUUUCUUCUCCAGAGGCCGAAUGCAACGAUGCCGUUCAAAGCCGGCUACGAGGAGGAUGGAUUUCUGAAGAGCCUUGCCCCGUUCGAGCCGAAGGACAUCGAAUUCCUGGCCGACAAUUGCACGAAGGUUCUCGCGUGGCACACGCAGACCAAAAAGAACGAGGCCAGCGCGCCCCUCGACAUGAAGCUUUACAAGGACACGAAUCUUGUCAGAUUGAAGGAGCAGAUAGUCUGAUGCCUCGUCUGAUAACGUACCGAUCUCGAAUUAUUGGAGACCGUGUGUCCGAAAACGCGACGGGAAUCAUUCGCGGACCGCGAUGAACAACGUGAUUCAGUGCCUGAAGUAGUGUAACCGUACCGAUCGGCAUAGCAACUAUAUCAUUAUUCGUUUUCGUUAGUUUGGUCAAGCUACGAAUUCCCGAGACACGCCGAAUAGUACAGAUCGUCGUCCGUCUAUGCUUGAUCUACCAACUAUGAUAACAACUAGGACACACAGACGGAGUGCAGGUACCUCGUUAUCUAUUGAAUCUAUGUCCCUGUAUAACGUGUGCUCUUGGUUAUUAGCUGCAUCGACCUUUGAGUUUUAAGCUAUUCAAUGCGCGAUACAUACUAGCCUGUAGAACCGUAGGCCAAUGACCGGAUUAGUUGUUAAUUUGAGAGAAAAGAAAAAGAUAGGAAGAGUGGUACUGAUCGGUAGAAGACUUUGCGUUUAGCAUCGUUUCAGAUUUGCUUUACGUUCAUAUACAUAUACGUAAUUUUCAAAUACGCCUAAGAAUGUCGGUUCGAUGCGUGACCAAUGCACAUAAAAAAUGUAAAGUAAUCGGGAAACGAAUAGGUGAAGCGUAGCUGUUCUUUUCUAUACGGAACGAUUAAAUAUUUAUAGGAGAUCCAGGAAUAAAUGGCCGACUUAAGCUGGCUCGUUUCACUCGAGAACGAUGGAUCUUGGCGUCAAGAGAUAUGACUCCUAUUUAUGGAACAGCCUGUACGCGAUACGGAUAAAGGCACUUAGUUUUUUGCAGUGUCCGAUGCUUCCAUCUUUUACACAGAGUAUAACAUUUAUUUAAACGUAGAGUACCUCCGAAUGAUUUUCAUUGUUACUGGAAGGAUCUUUCCAAAGGAUCAAAACCAAAUAAUUCAACGAAUAUCGUUAACAAGUCCAAUGUUUAGGGUUCUGGAAUUAAUUUAGCAUUUAAUAGAAUCUUUUGAUUGUGCGAAAUAGCCAAAUAAUGUAUGCCAGUUUUUAAAGGUUUCUGAAGUAUCGUAAGAGCAAGGAAACACGACGACUACCGUGUCGUGUAUCGGUCGGAAAUAUUCAUAUCGAAUACAGUCGCUAACUAGGUAAAUAAAGAAAUAUGAUUUAAUGAAAGAAGUAACGCUUAACAGUGUAGCUUAAAAACAAUUGCAACAACGCGGCAUUAAGAAUUUCAAUUAUUGAUAUCGAUUGAGUUGUUGAGAAAGAGUUUUAGGUACGUUUAAAACCGUUGCACCUUAUAGAUAAUCUUAGAAACGCCUUGAGUGAAAAAAAGAAGAAAAACACGGAAAAUGUAUUUGAAUCCAAAGUCAAAAUAGCCGUUGACAGGGUUGCAACGAAUUUCUUGAAUCAGCACCUUACAUAGGCAACAACAAUUAUCAAAGUGACACAAGUGAUAUAUAGAAAAGUUUUGAAAUUCCGUAGAUUUUAGAUCUCUUGUUGCUCGAGUAGAGAAACCGCUAUCUUCUACUCAAUCAAUGUCGGUCGUGCAAUAAUCUUGAUUUUUGUUUAACGUUCAACGACUGAAUUGAAUAGUAUUGUUGAACCAUUUAGGUAUGAUAAUCGAGUAGCUCAACGUAAUUAUUCUAGCCCCGAUUCGACGUAGCACUUAAUUUCGAAGGAAAUCCGUUUUGGGGCAACAAAGUACGUUGAAACAAGCCGAUUGUGUUUGUCGCAGUUUAAGAAGGGAUCUAGUCGAAUGGAUUCGUUGAUGAAAGCAAUAACUUGUUGUCAGAUUAGGGUGGUUCCGCGCGAAUCUUGUGAUCUGUAUGAAUGAACGUCAGCGUCGUUAAAAAAUCGUCAAAGCGAUCGAAGCAAUGUUAUUUUUAGUCUUGGCUGUACCAAAUAAAAUCAAUUUGCCCGCCUUUCAUUUUUGCGAUAUUAGCGCGACGUUUUGGUGUUGUGCGCAUGCGCGUACACGAUACCUCUGCUCGCAGUAUCGCACGCGCCCGUAAUCAGUCAGUCAGUCAGUCGUCGCGCGUCAGUCUCGCGUGUACGAAAAGGAUGGUUUUAACCUGUUAAACGGAUGAAUGUUUGAUCAAAAAAAAAAAGAAAAAAAAAUCUGUGGACAACGCGAUAAUCACGUGUUUACAGAAUACUUUAACCUAAUAUAGAUAUUAGAAAAUAAGUAAGAGUAAGAGUUUAGGUAA